AUGAGUUUCGCAAGAGUGACACGUCGGAGUCGUGUCUUGAGUGCGCUAGCUCUUGCUGCUAUCUCAAUCUGGUACCUAGUUACAAGAGGCACAAUUCAGCAAAUUGAGUACCCCAUUGGAGCAUCCACAGACUUGCACCGGCUCUAUCCACACAAUACGACCGAACAUGUCAACUUCUGGCGCCAGCUUCAACCACUCUUACUUGCUUAUGAACCGCAAUGCAAGCCCCCACGGAGACUUGGAAAUGCACCAGCAAGUGGCUUCACGCCUAGGGACCCGAUUUCUCGACCAGAACUUUUGAAAAUGCCAGCACAUGAUGUGCUGAGGAUGCGAAACGCCCACGACGACUUUGUGACAGCCAUCAGAACGGAUCCACCACAAAUUUCGUAUAUUCCCGACACAAGAGGCCUGGUUACAACUGCUGGCGGCUCCUAUUUACCGGUGCUGGUGAUUUCAUUACGAAUGCUACGCCGCACGGGUUCGAAAUUACCUAUGGAGGUAUUCUUAGCAACGCCUGAUGAGUACGAGCAGACUAUCUGUGACCAGGUUCUACCUGCCUUGAAUGCAAAGUGCAUUGUCAUGUCGGAAAUCAUGAAUGCUGUGCCUGGAGCAGCUAAGAUUGAGAAAUAUCAAUUAAAGCCGUUUGCCAUGCUCUUCUCUUCAUUUGAGGAGAUAUUGUUCCUGGAUGCCGACGCAUUUCCAAUCGCCAAGCCCGAAUCGCUUUUUGAGAAUGAGCCAUUCAAAAGCACGAAGAUGUUAACAUGGCCAGAUUUCUGGGCAUCGUCGGCUUCGCCGUACUAUUAUGAGAUUUCAUCACAGGCAGUCACGCCAAUGGAUUCUCGACAGUCAACCGAGUCAGGUGAAAUGCUCAUCUCGAAAAAAACCCAUCUGCGAACUCUCCUUCUCUGUACCUAUUAUAACUUCUGGGGACCAACUCAUUAUUACCGUCUUUUGUCACAAGGCGCAGCAGGAGAGGGAGAUAAGGAAACAUUCAUCACUGCGGCAGCCGCCCUCGGUGAGCCAUUCUAUCAAGUCAGCGAACCGAUCUGUGCUAUGGGACAUCAAACAGAAGGCGGGCUUGCUGGGUCUGCUAUGGUCCAGUUCAAUCCAAUGGAAGACUAUAAGCUCACUCAAAAGGGGCAAUGGCGUGUGAAUGGGUCUGUGGCCCCAGCACCACACCCCUUCUUUAUCCACGCCAACUUCCCGAAAUUCAAUCCUGCGACUGUGUUCUCGAAACAGGCAGUUAACCCUGCCUUCAAUGACGAUGGAACUUACACACGCGCAUGGACUAUUCCCGAGGAUACAAUCAAAGCAUUCGGUUCUGAUGUGGAAAAACAGUUCUGGGCCGAGAUUCUAUGGACCGGGUGCGAAUUAGAGACCCAAUUCGAAAGCUGGAAAAACCAAACUGGAAUUUGCAGUGAUGUAAAGAAAUACUGGGACGCACAAUUUGGACCAGAGAGCCCCUCCAGUGUAUAA